CUCCAGAGCCUUAGACAUGGAGUGCCGAUUCAUAUCGGGGCUGUUAUGGUAGCGGUGCUUCUGCCCGGCUCCUCUCACCGACCGCCCCGUUCCUCCGCACCACAGGCCAGCCAAGUCCGCUUCGUCUGCACUUUGGCUGCAGCUUUGUUGGUGAGCAAGUUGGCCGGCCUGUCGGCCGGCCUGCAUUUGUUUGGCCGACUGAACGCCCAAAUUGGGGCCAACAAAGGAGGAAACGGCCGAGUGCAUGCUGUCAUUGUGCGUUCGCCUGGAGAGGCUGAUUACGGUAACCCGCAGAAGAGGGCAUGA